GCGUAUGCAGUCGAGAUACCACUUAUGGGGCUAGCUCUCGGUACUGUAAUACUGAGGGUGUGGUCAAGGUUUGCUGUAAAUGGCAGACUCGCUGCUGAUGAUACGCUCAUCCUUCUUGGAACGGGCUGCGCGGUCACACGUACAGUCAUAUCCUGCAUCAGUGCCGAUGACCUCCUGGGCUACGAUAGAAAAGGCCCCGACGAAGCACGCGAGGUGCUGUACUAUCAGCACAUCUUCGAACGUCGGCUCGCCUACCUCUUCGCCGUAACACUUAUCCGCCUCUCCAUACUGGCUUCGUAUCUGCGCAUCUUCCCACCAACCUUGCUGAUCCUUCGGCGGUGUAGCUAUACGCUUUUAGUGCUGACCAUCGUACUAUUUGCGGCUGUUCUGAGCGUGCUGAUCGUGUCUUGUUCCGACAUCUACAAGCUUUGGACAUCAGACUGGCGCACCUUCACUGGCUCGCAGUGUUUCAGCUCCGCCGUGUAUAGCUAUACCGCCGCAGUGGGUGAUUGUGUUACCGAUCUCUGCAUCUUCGUCCUUCCGGUGCCGUUCGUGCUUUCCCUGAGCCAGGUGCGAGUGCGACAGCGACUUACACUGGUCAUUGUGUUUGCAUUGGGGGUCAUUGUCUGCGGUGUUGCUCUUGUACAGGUUCCGUUCAUCGUGCGAAGAGAGAAGCAAGGGACGUAUUUCGGUCCUGCGAUCAACAUGCUUGUUGCUAUUCAAAUCAGUCUUGCGAUUGUUGCUGCGAGCUUGCCGGAUCUUAGGGCGUUGGUCAAGCGC